UUUCCGGGCCGUCCCUCUGUUUCUAAAGAGCCUACGGAUUAGUUGGCGAUGAGGAAAGGCGGGUCUCGGGAGCCGUGUCAGGGUUGGGGGGCGGGGGGAAAGAUGGCGGAGCUGAUGCUCCUCAGUGAGAUCGCCGACCCGACGCGCUUCUUCACCGAUAACCUGCUGAGCCCGGAGGACUGGGACAGCACCCUGUAUGCUGGCCUGGAUGAAGUGGCCGAGGAGCCGCCGCAGCUCUUCCGUUGCUUGGAACAAGAUGUCCCGUUUGACAGCAGCUCCGUGGAUGUGGGAAUGGAUGCCAGCCCCCCGGAGCCCCCUUGGGACUCGCUGCCCAUCUUCCCAGAUCUUCAGGUGAAGUCCGAGCCAUCCUCCCCGUGCUCUUCCUCCUCCCUCACCUCUGAAUCAUCACAUCUCUCCGCAGAGUUCUCUAGCCAGGCCCCAGGAGUAGGAGAGGUACUGCAUGUGAAGACAGAGUCCUUAGCGCCUCCACUCUGCCUCUUGAGAGAUGACCCGACACCCCCAUUUGAAAUCGUCCAGAUCACUGUGGGCUCCUCCACUGAUGAUCCCUCUGAUAUCCAGACCAAGGUGGAGCCCACCUCCCCGUCCUCCUCCAUCAACUCUGAAGCAUCCCUGCUCUUGGCAGACUCCCCCGGCCAGGCUGGUGCAGGUGACGAGGUGCUUGAAGUGAAGACAGAGCCCCUGUCCCCUCCAGGCUGCCUCCUCUGGGAUGCCCCUGCUCCCUCGCUUGGCGCUGUCCAGAUCAGCAUGGGUCCUGCCCCAGAAAGCUCCACAGGCAGAGCCCCGCCGGCCCGGAAGCCACCCCUGCAGCCCAAACCUGUGGUGCUUACUGCUGUCCAGAUGCCGCCCAGAGCCACGCCUGCCAGCACCGCUGUCCUCCUGCAGCCACUUGUGCAGCCGCCCGCGGUGUCCCCGGUCGUCCUCAUCCAAGGUGCUAUCCGAGUCCAGCCUGAUGGGCAGGCGCCCACCACGGCACGACCCGAGAGGAAGAGCAUCGUGCCAGCACCCACACCUGGGAAUUCCUGCCCGCCCGAGGUGGAUGCAAAGCUGCUGAAGCGGCAGCAGCGGAUGAUCAAGAACCGGGAGUCGGCCUGCCAGUCCCGGCGGAAGAAGAAGGAGUACCUGCAGGGGCUGGAGGCGCGGCUGCAGGCCGUGCUGGCCGACAACCAGCAGCUGCGCCGGGAGAACGCUGCCCUCCGGCGGCGGCUGGAGGCCCUGCUGGCCGAGAACAGUGAACUCAAGCUGGGCUCUGGGAACAGGAAGGUGGUCUGCAUCGUGGUCUUCCUCCUCUUCAUUGCCUUCAACUUCGGACCUGUCAGCAUCAGUGAGCCACCGCCAGCACCUGCCUCGCAGAUGGGGGGUCAGGCACCCCGGGCUCAGAGGCACCUGCUGGAGUUCUCAGAGCAGCCACCGGCUCAGGGGAUGGAGCCCCUGCAGGGGUCCCCCCAGGGCCCCAAGGAGCCACAGCCCAGCCAGGUGGCCCGGCCCAGCUUCAGGAACUUGACAGCCUUCCCUGGCGCUGCCAAGGAGCUGCUGCUGCGGGACCUGGACCAGCUCUUCCUCUCCUCUGACUGCCGGCACUUCAACCGGACCGAAUCCCUGAGGCUGGCUGAUGAGCUGAGCGGCUGGGUACAGCGCCACCAGAGAGGCCGUCGGAGGAGCCCGCAGAGGGCCCAGGAGAGACAGAAGUCUCAACCACGCAGGAAGCUGCUCGCAGUGAAGGCAGUCCCCAGCCAGCCUCCGGGGCCCCCCGAAAGGGACCCUGUGGGCCAGCUGCAGCUCUACCGACGCCCAGAUCGGUCCCAGCCAGAGUUCCUGGAUGCCAUUGACCGGCGGGAAGACACGUUUUAUGUGGUCUCUUUCCGGAGGGACCAUCUGCUGCUUCCGGCCAUCAGCCACAACAAGACCUCACGGCCCAAGAUGUCACUGGUGAUGCCUGCCAUGGCCCCCAACGAGACCCUGUCUGGCCGGGGCGCCCCAGGGGACUAUGAGGAGAUGAUGCAGAUUGAGUGUGAGGUCAUGGACACCCGAGUGAUUCACAUCAAGACCUCCACGGUGCCCCCCUCGCUGCGGAAGCCGCCAGCCCCAGCCCAGGGCAACGCCACCACCAGCCAGGCUCACCAGGGCCCCCACCGGGCCUUCUACCUCCGCCACCCCUGACCCCUGCACUGGCUGCCUGAGGCGGCUGGGUGCGGGAGCCUCGUCGCUUUGCGGGUUUCCCAGGCCCUGGUGUGGAUUCGGGGCAGCUGGUAGAGGAAAGACAGGGUUUGGGGCUGAGCACUUAGUGGGGUCAGGUGGUUUACCCCUCCUUCCUCCCCUUCUGGGGAUAUAGGGCUCCUCAUUGCUAUGGAACCCCGGUCCCUGCUUCCUCUGAGGGUCCGGAGUGAGCCUCAGUUUUAGGGUGGGGGCUCCCAUACGCUCUGUUCUUUUGUUCCCCUGGGGCGCUGUGCCAGGCUGUUGGUCCCCAGGCGGGACUAGGGGGGUUUACAUUGUGAGGUAGUGGGAAUAAAGGGGUAGUGGAGGGGA